GCGUGACUCACAUCCCGAACAAAAUGUGCACAUUUCAUCACACCUCUGUGGUGUUACCCUGCAAACUCACUCACCCUACUGGUGAAAUGGUCACUACUUCAGUUUGGCAUUAUAAGAAGCAGACGGAUGCGGAGCCUGUGGUUGUUCCUGUGGUCCAGGAGUUUGGAGAACAUGUGGAGGACUGCUCUCUCACGCUGAAUAAUGUGACGCAGGACAAUGCUGGCAUCUAUCAGUUCAGCUUCACCACCAACAUCUCCACACAGAACCUGACCAAUGAAGACGGAGUAACACUGGAGAUUACAGACCUGAAGGUGGACAUGGUGUCAGAAUUAGGCAUGGUGUUGGAGGGAAAAUGGGUGAAGCUGUUCUGUGGUACCUGCAUCCCUUCCGUCACUCUACCAACCUACAUCUGGCAUAAAGAUGGACGUCCACACAGUCGCAUACAUGGUGUCAACCAGCUAGAUUUACAGGAGGCCAAACCUGAGGAUUCAGGCAGCUACUCAUGCUCCAUAGGUGGCCAAGAAGGGCUGCUGUCCUCACCUGUGAACUUCACAGUUGAAUGGGCUCCAAAGAACGUCUCAGUGUCCAUCACUCCCUCUGGUGAAAUAGUGGAGGGCAGUUCAGUGACUCUGACCUGCAACAGUGAUGGAAACCCUCCUGUGAAGAUCUACACCUGGUUUAAGGGAUCAACAUCAGUAGGAGAAGGAAAAACCUACAGCAUUCCCAACAUCAGAUCUGAGGACAGUGGAGAAUACACAUGCCAGAGUCGGAAUGAUCAUGGACAGAGAAGAUCCACUGCUGUCUAUUUAAAUGUUUUGUGUAUGUUCAUGAAUAUUUGUUAA